GGAAGCGAGUGUAUAAAACGAAAACUAAAUAAAAUGGCUGCAAUGGAUGAAUCAAACAGUGGGCCAUAUGGAACCCUGACAAACUUCGAAAUCGAGAAGAAAAUUGGUCGCGGACAGUUUAGCGUGGUUUACAAGGCUCGUUGUGUUGCGGAUAAUUCAAUAGUGGCAUUGAAAAAAGUCCAGGUAAAUUUUAGUUUUGAUGAUCAAUAACUAUUUAAUGCUUUCUUCUAAAUACAGCUCAUGGCUGGUUCGAAUUUUCCUCCUUGAUGUUACUCUAGUUACGCAAGAAUUUUCAGAAAAUGUAUUUUCACAGUCCAGUUGACUUUGCUCAAAUAUUGAGUUAUCUCACAUCUUCCAAACUAGUAGAAAGAAAUAAAAAAAUUGGUCUCAAACGGUCGGCGUUCUGCAAGUUUUUAAAUAUGUCUUAAGCUUUAAAUGCGCCCAGGGAGAGAAAAAUUUUGUUGCAAAAGGUUUAAAAAAAAAUUUUCUCCAACAUAAUAAAACAUCUUGAUGUGAAGUGAGAUCUCACAAAACAACCUCAAGGACCUAAAUAUAGUUACAGCGGCAGGUGUCAUUUGUGUUUGCCUAAAAAAUUGGAAACAACUCUUCAACAUUUGCAUGUUUUAUGAGCUAGAAGUUUUUUCUUCUAUAAAUAAUUUUUUUGCUCUGCAAUUUUACGAAAUGAUAAGCUGAUGCUUGCAGGAAGUAGAUUUUAUUGGUCACUGAAAUAUCGGAUGUGUUAAUUGAUUCAAUAGUGAAGUACUUUGUCCUGUGGUGGCUAAUUUGACAGUUACCAAUACUUGCAUGAUUACUGAAUUCAGUGUUUGUGUAUACCACAUGUGGUCACGGGCUGUGGAAAUUAUUUUAAAACAGGCAUAAACAGUGCCACCUGUCAAUCUUACGAUAAAACUACAUUUUUCAUGUUUUUCAUGUUGAUUUAUCCUUCCUGUCCUAGAUUUUUGAAAUGAUGGAUCAUAAAGCCAGACAAGAUUGCUUAAAGGAAAUUGAUUUACUUAAGGUGCGCCAUGAACAGUUUCCAAGAAAUUUAUAUCAUUAAUGUUGUUUGUGCAUGUAGUGUAACAGUAGCCUGAAUUUCUGUGACAAAUCCCCAAGAGAGAAGUCUGAAUCAACGAUAUGCAUCCAAGAAGUUUUUUUUUAAAAAUUGUCCAUCCGCAUGUCUACCUGCUCUUGUUAGAGGAUGUGAAAUAUCACAUUUACUUGCUCGGUGUCCAAGGUAUAUGUGAUCUGUUUUAACUCGAUAUUAGAAAUCUGUGUUGUAGUCAAUAAUAUUAACAGGGUACGUGUUGAGCAGUGUCACAUGACUGUAUCACAGGUUCAGGCAUUCAGUGCGUUGAGCUGAUGUUUUUUAAGUUCUCGGCUGACCUGUUAUUGUUUUUCAGUUAAUUGCAGGCUCAAGUUCCUUUUUUCGCAGGCUCACGACCAUUUUUUCUUUCUUAUGGCCAAAGCUAAAUUAUGUCAGAAAGACUUUUGUUAAAAGAUCCCACGAGAGCUUCACUUUUGGCCUGGGCUAAGGCUAUUAAUUUUUUAGUAAAAUCAAAAUCCAACUAGUGGUCUAUUAUGAAUGCUGCAUUCUGAUUGGUUGAGCUACUACUAGGCUAUAUGUUAUAGCCCCCUAGUAGCGAAAAGCACUUGAUUUUUUGGGGCAAAAAAGGAUUAAAGUCUAGCUUUAAACUAGCUAAAAAAUUUUUAUUCCCGAUAUUUUGACCAACUAGUUGGAUUUUACUAAAACAAUAAUAAUAAAUAUUAUUCCUCUUGCCCUCAUGGCCUCUGAGUCAAUAGCCCAUGGGCUCAAGGUAUAAUUGUUAAAUAAUAUUCCUUUUGUUUUGUUUCUUCAGCAACUCAAUCAUCCCAAUGUGAUCAAGUAUUUGGCAUCUUUUAUUGAAAAUAAUGAGGUGGGCUACUGUAUAUAAGAUAUAAAUCAAUACUGUUGAAAUUCAAGUAAAACUUAGGUUUCCGAUUGUUAAUUUUACAGUUGCAGGGAUGUCACUAAGAUUUCAAGUUGCCGGGUAAAUGGAACAAUUAAGCAGGGAAUAAAACAGUUACGGAUUUUUUUUGGUUCUAUUUUUCUUCUAUUUUCCUAUGAAAGUAGUCAGGGGCCACAUUCAUAGUAACCUGGGGAAAUCCCUAAUCCCCAGCCCUUAAUGACAGCCCUGAAUUGCUGUAGUGAGCAUUAUAGUAAUCAAUUCUGUUCCUUUUUUUUCUUCUUCUAACAGCUUAACAUUAUAUUAGAGUUGGCUGAUGCAGGUGAUUUAUCCAGAAUGAUAAAGGUAUGCUAUUUUUUAUUACACUAUAAAAGCAAUGGCAUCACUAUGGAGCGUUGGGUGCCGAAUAUUGCAAAAUGUCUCUAUAGCAGCAAGGAGUGAUGGCUGUAUUUUACAGACUAAGUUUCUAUUAAUAUUGGUAGGGAUUUAGCACUGUCGAUAUUAUUGGGGUUUCCAUAAUAGUGAGAUGUUUAUGCAUCAGUUAAUUCCAGCUGUGCCCCAAAAAAAUGCUUAAAAUAGCACCACUCGACUGUGCGAUCAAUAAAAAAUGUUGCAGUAUUGAUGGAGGACAGGCAUUUGCCCUCUUUUUUCAUCUCCAUCCUGGGGGAUUCGACAGCUCAAGAGUCCCCACCCCCGGGAAUUUGCCAUCCAAGGCAAAGAAUUAAUGCUAAUGCGCGGAGGUCAGCCGCAGGGGGCUGGGCGCAGCUGGAAUUGACCGAUGCAUUACAAGGUGAAGGUUGACUGUUAUAGCUGCAAGACUUAGAUGAAAAUCUACAUGUAAAUCCGCUUUGAAAUUUUUCUGUUUUGUCUUAUAGCUCAGCUGACCAUUGUCUCUCCACUGCUAUUAAUAAGUUAAUUUCUGCCGGAGGGUUAUUUGUUAAUAAUAUAUUUUUUUGUUCCAACAGCAUUUUAAGAAACAGAACAGAUUAAUUCCAGAGAGAACUGUUUGGUAGGCAUAAUGGUAGUCUGUAGAUAUGUUUAUUAAAAAAGUUAAAAUCAUUUUACCCUUUUAAUAACUUUUUUCAAUAACUUUUAUUCAUAAGUUUAUUUAUUUGCUACACCAUAAAUAUAAUAGAAAUACCAAAAAAUAUAAGAUAAGAAAAGAAAAAGAGAAGUGGUGAGCUCGAGGGGACUUAACACUUUAGUAAGCUUACAUGUAUGAGAGGUUAAAGCUAAAACUCCAGUUUGCAUUAGAAGCCAACAGAAACUGAUCAUUGGGGUGAAAAAAAAUCUAUAAAGUAAGACUUAAAUUCACUUGGUAAAAAAAAAAUGAGUGAAAAAAGAAGUGUUUUUUUUGCAGGAAAUAUUUUGUACAACUUACUGCUGCUCUAGCACACAUGCAUUCACGACGAGUUAUGCACAGAGGUGAGGGUUUAUUUGGAUUUAACACUAAUGACACUUCGUUAUAGGGCUGCCUGCGGUACAGCUAAUCAAGUUUUUGGUGGCAAGUUGUCUCUGACCAAAAAGUACAAAAUGGCCGACGUGUGGCCCAGAAGGCAUUGCCUGUCCCCUUGCUCUGAGGACAAUGAUUUAACUUUUGAAUUAUGGGGGAGGCUGGUCAUUUCAGAUAUAAAAAGGAAGAAUGGUACCAUCAAUUCCACCAAUUAUGAAUGUAAAAAAGCAAGUUACCCUUUUGAAACGAGAAAAGAUAGGUAUUAUUUUUAACUGGGGCAUUUCCACGAUGCUUCCCCUUUCCCCAAUCUCUCUGCCCCCAAGGAAUAGCCAAGGAUAUCCCAAGUUACAGGAGCCAAUCAAAAUGUGCACAAAUUGCUAUUCAUUGAUUUGGUAAAUACUAAUAAUAUUUAUUUUCAGACAUCAAGCCUGCAAAUGUGUUCAUAACAGCAUCUGGUGUAGUCAAACUUGGGGACUUGGGACUUGGCAGAUUUUUUAGUUCUAAAACUACAGCAGCUCAUUCUCUUGGUAAUGUUUUGGACAAGCUAGUUGCUUAAGUUUUUCCACUUGGCCUCACAGUCAUUUUGAAUCCACAGAGUACAGUGUAUGUUACUCCCAGGGUGUUUAUUAGGCAUCAGAGCUUGGAGAAUUCUCUCAUUCUUGGCUAAUGUUCAGUAGUCUAUGACUAUUUUUUUAUUCAGACUUGGAGCCUUUUUGAAAGUAAUCUGCCGUAACAUUACACCUUUCCCCUCCUACUAGAAUUCUUUAAUAAUGAAGUUUUAACCCUGCCUCCCCUACCUCCCUUGGCCAGCCCAGCUAACAGGGCUGGCUAACUUCGUAUAAACAGGCCCUUAGUUCUUUCCUUUCAACUUUCCAGCGUUCAUCCCCUGCUAUAAUUACCCCUUAAUUUCUUCCAUUUUUUCUUACCCACGUGGGUAAAUCUAUAGUGUAUCACCCUUAAUUAAGUUCAGUGAUAACCCAUGAGUUUGUAAAUGGGGCUGUAAUGUGCCCUAGCAGGAAGCUAAGUGGCCCUCUAAACAUUACGUUUUUCCCCUCUGGUUUUAAGAGGAAAUCCUUCCUUUGCACCAAGGUUUUUAGCUUGUAAAAUUAAUGAUUGAGAGGUUGGCCCUUUGGGCAUAUGCAUUAAAUAAACUGAUUAAAUAAAUAAUGAUUAGGAGGUAGCACAUCCACAGAGUGGUUCUUUGUUUACCUGAAUCCUGGUCGAAUUGGAAUUUGAAAAUGUUAGUUUUUGAGGAGAGGGGAAAACCGGAGUACCUGGAGAAAAACCUCUCAGAGCAAAGGAGAGAACCAACAACAAACUUAACCCACAUAUGGGGUCGAUGCCGGGAUUUGAACCCGGGCCACAUUGGUGGGAGGUGAGCGCUCUCACCACAUCCCUUGCUCCCCUUGCUUAUUUCCUAUUAUUUUUCAUCCCUUGCUUAGUUCUUUUCAGAGAGUUGCCUUAACUUGGUGAAUCAUCGUUUUUUUACAAACAUAUCUUCACUGUUCAGUGAAUAUAUUGUGUCUCACUUUUAUGCUUGGUUUAAAUUUUAUUUACCUUUGUUUUGGGGUAUGGUAAUAAGGGAAAUAAAAUUUAAACCAAGGGUAAAAUUGAACCACAACGUAUAGAUUGUAGAAUAUUAAGAGGAUAUAUUUUAGAUAUAAACAGAAUUAAAGUGAUUUUCUUACUUUGCCUUCUUUAGUUGGUACACCUUACUACAUGUCACCAGAGAGAAUACAUGAAACUGGAUACAACUUCAAGUCAGAUAUAUGGUCUUUAGGCUGUCUCUUAUAUGAGGUAAUUAUUAAUACUAAUGAAAGGUCCACCUUACAAAUGGAAACGAUACCUACUGUAAGUUUAUACAGAUCUUUUUGUAAAACACCACAACUCUGUAAUAGACCAUGAUAAAUCACGCAAGUAAUAUUACAGUCACGUUUGUCACGCACAAACGUUUGGUCAUUCUGUUGCAUAAGCUACUGUCCAGUUGAGGUACAAGCUGAUUAACCAAUUCCCUUAUUUUUGUGACCUUUGAAAAUGCGACAGGGAACCUGAACACUGUAUUAGCUAUUAUCAUAAGCAGUUUUUUAAACUUACGUUUUGGAAGGGUUUUGAAGGCAAUUUACCUUGCUCAGGUUUCAAAUAUUAAGUCUUGUCUGACAUGUGACAGUUAUGUCUCAAGUUUCUGUUAUUCUUAAAUCUCCAAGUGGGAGACAGUGGUUUACAGUCACGGCAGGUCAAGUGUACCCCCUAAUGAUCUAUUAAUGAAUUGGAUGUUUGAAAAAUGAAUCUGUUAGUCGUUCCCGUAAUUAGUGUCAAAUUCAAAUCAGCAUUCCUGCAUGCGUAAUGAGCAGUGAAUAUUUUACAAGAACUUCUCGUGGCUCAUUACGCAUGCAAGAAUGCAGAGAUGAAUCUGAAAUCUACAACUACCAAUGCAUUCAACUUUCGAAUAAUAAAUUCAUUAAUGUAAUUUAACAGUCAAGAGAAAAGAAUAGAGAGAGCCUAUUUUGUCUCCUCUCUUCUUUCCUAAUGGGAAACUCGAGAUGUAACUGUUGCAUCCUAUGCCCAACAUGCCAGACAAGAAACAUUUGAAACCGGCAAGGUAAACUAUCUUUGAUCUGAUUCAAAUUGCUUCCAAAAUGACUCAUAAAGACUCAACAUAACAUAAGUAAAUAAGAAUGCAUUAUGAAAUAGCUAGUGAAAUACAGUGUUCAGGUUCCCUGAUCAUAUUGGGCGAUUCCAGAAAAUAUCCAUACCAUACCACGGACGGCUUUUAGGAUUUCCCAAGGGGAGGGGGGGUUCACGAUUAUGGAAUUCUGAGGGCAUGGGGGGUAUUUACGAUUGGAAAUUCGAAGGCAUGGCGGAAUUCCGUAGGUGGGAUUUCUGGAGUAGAAAGUGUAGAGUGAGUUCCUUGAAAACGCUAUUGUUGUGGACUUUUGUAGUUCGUAAAUAAACCACGAACGUAUGACCGCGGAAGCAGAAGACAAGCAUCGAUAGAUCAGACACGUGUUUACGCUCAUAACUUAUAGAAGUGAACAGUAAAACGUGGGUUUCACAUUAACCUUGAUGAAUUUCUUGUCACAUGAAAAAAAACUGAAUAUGUAUCUUACUGCUUGCAAGUUUCUUGUUACUCCCGUCCGAUGAACAGCUAAAAAGCUCGCAACAGUCCCUGGCUUCCAAGGAACGCCUGUCAGAUUAGAACACUUUUCGUGCACACUACAUGACGUAUAAAAGGACGCAACACGCCUCGACGGUAUAUUUUGACCACCGAAAGAUUUUGACGGUCUGAAUUUGAGCUAUUUUGCUUUGUAAACGUCAAAACAGCACAAGAAAACAAAGAGGAGAAAAAUUGCCGUUAGUGGUGUUUAUUUUUAUUGCCAAAUUCGGACCUAAAAAGGAGUUUGCACAGCCUGUCUACUAGCGGUAGGUUAGAGUCUGAAAGCUUGUCGCCUGGCGUCGCUAGAUCACAGCCUUGAGGAGGCAUAACGUCAUGUUCGUUUGUUCAUUAUUAUAGGCGUUGCUAAGUUGAAAAUGUACUUCCAAAAAAACGGAAAUUCUGAAGGGGAGGGGGGGUUCACGAUUAUGGAAUUCUGAGGGCAUGGGGGGGUAACGCAUUUUGGAAUUUCCGAAGGCAAGGGGGGGAUAAAACAUGGAAGCCGUCCAUGGUUGGGUAUGGAUAUUUUCUGGAAUUGCCCAUUUACAUGGAGAAGGUGCAUUAUAAAUUUGUAAUUAAUAAAUUUUUAUUAUUACUGUGAAAGAAUAGUAGAUGCAUGGUCAUUUACAAGAGUUUAAUUUUAUGACUUUUUUGUCUCUAUACCCAUGUUAACAGAUGGCAGCACUUCAAUCACCUUUCUAUGGAGAUAAAAUGAAUCUGUAUUCAUUAUGUAAGAAGAUAGAAAACUGCGAUUAUCCACCUCUACCAGCUGAGCAUUAUUCGCAAGAGGUAUAAUUUUAUAUAUUAUUGAGAAAAAUAUUUGUUUUGUUAACAAUGGUCAUGGAAGCUACUUUAUAAUUAUUCUUUUGCCAUGUUGAAUCAACAUGGUGAAAGGGGUGUGAUAAAAGACUACUUUACAUGAAAUAGGUGGCAGAAAAAUAAUUGUGUCCUUUGGACAAGCAACUCUUGGAUUUCGCUUGCCCCAGGCAACAUACUUAACUUGUUUAGUUAAUGAUUAGUCGUAGGAUGACUUGCCUAGUAUAUGUACCCUUCCUAGGGCCUGAAAAAAACUUGAAUUUCAUUUGUCCUUUGCCCGGCAAGAAGCUUUCACAUUUUCCUUGCUCGAGGCUACUUCUUGCUAGUUUUCAUAAAUGAUUUUGUCAGAGGAUGACUUGCCUUGACCCUGGUACAUUGGCCAAGUAAGCUUUAAAAAUUACUUGCCCAGCGAAAAAAUUUACUGGUUGGCACUUUUUUGGAGCCCUGCUUCACCAUUGGACAAGUGAGCCCAGUGGGGCCUUUUUUCCGAGCACUGCUUUGGAUAAAAUUGAAAUGUUCUGUUUCUUUAAACUCCAGAUCUUUGGAGCCUAUGACCUGAUUGCCCCCUCCUCUAAACGAGUACCAAUCUGUGGCAUUUUUGGUUGUGUGAAAGGGGCAAACUCCGACAGUCACAGUUAAUUAAGGUGGCUUGAUAGGGUUUUUCAGGGUCAAUACCACCCAAGUUUGAGUAUAAACUACCUUGCUAUCAACAAAGAUUUGGAAAAAUAACCACCGCAAUUGUAUUAGAUCAAGAUGACAAUGACAUCUGUUGUCAUAGCAACAAAAUGAUGCCAUUACCUAUUUUACUGGCAGCCGUAUUUCUUGGCACUGGGAACUGUUCUUCCAAAAUCAUUCACGAGAGGUUUUUCCUCCAAUAGCUGCCUCAAUGUUUGUGGGGUUAGCCUGCAAGCAAGCUCUUCAUUGGGGGACAUCGUGAAAAGUAGACGCGCGAGAGGCACACCAGCAGGGAUGCAAAAGAAGGGGCGGGGGAGAGAAAGGAGAGCUUGUAACGAUCACUCGUUUAUUUUUUUGAGUUAUCUUUCUGGUACAUUGUGUCAGCCUAAACCUACAAUAUCUUGGACAAAAAGUGUUAAAAAUUUUGCACUUUCUUACCAACAGAAUGCUCAUCCUGAUUAUUUGAUACCACUAUGGCCCCUCCCCUAGCACCACCCUGGUCAAUGUUGUCCAGUCAAGGUCAGAAAUGGUCCAGCCAGACUUCAACAUUGUUUUAGGGGGAAGGGGAGUGGGGGAUUUGUAGUUGCCAGUGCUUUCCAGAGCUUUAUCUUGAAACUAGACAUCUAUAGCAAUGUCCAUUUUUCUCAGAAUAACAUUGUUGUCAAAGAUUGUAGCUUGAAGCUCUGAUUUUCUUCCAACAGUUGCGUGACUUGGUCUGUAUCUGCAUAAAUUCUGAUCCAGAUAAGAGACCUGACAUCAACUACGUCAAUGAAAAGGCAAAAGAGAUGCAUGCUCUCCAUCUCCGCUAA